AUGAAAAAUCUACUCACACAAGCCCGGCAGUUGAUGGUACCUGUGAGCGAUUUCAGAGAAGAAGGGUCUCCCCUCACACGGCCACGUCGGCAAAGAGCCACGCCGAACUCGAACAUGUUGGCGAAAUCACUUUUAUGGCAGAAAGGUUGGUCCAUUUCUGGCCGACCCUCAUUCUUUUCCGCUCAGCCGCUGCAGAGCCGGCGGACAAACGCUACAGCAACUGUUACAGCAACUGCCACAAAAGGCCCGGUUUCAAAUGCUCCAUCGCACCACACAUUGCUGGCCCCUGCAUGUUUUUCGCCAGCCUCUUCAGCUCCGACAUGUGAAGGAUAUUCUCUUUUCAGGCGACCUUGUCUCAGAGCACCAGUCAAGCGUGACGAGUUGUGGGGUCAUCCGCGUCGGCAUGACACGAUUUGA